UAGGCCUUUUUUUUCCAGCAAACAGGCUGAUUUCAGAGGACCAGUUUUUUCUCACACUAACAACAACCCACCCACAGAGAAGGGAACAUAUGCACAGGAAGCCUCUACACAUGGAGAAAGGCGGCAGAAAAGUAAAGGGCAACGCCUGCUACUGUCACGGCAGAGUGAGCGCCUGAUUCACUCAGAAACUCAUGCUGCUACAAAAAGCUCUUACUCAACUGGGUGGGUUGUGUGUGACUGCUGUGUGUCGAUCACUUAGCAGAGCAGAAUGUCACGACGAGACCAAAGGUUUCGGAGGGGAAUAAAAGGACGGUGUUGUGAUUGUGAGUGCAUCCUGUCUCACUGGUACUACGAAAGAGAAGGACAACUCUACUGCAAGAAGCACUACUGGUCUCGCUUUGGAGAGCACUGCCACGGCUGCAAGGAGACCGUUUCCACAGGACUGGUUAUGGUUGCAGGAGAGCAAAAGUACCAUCCUGAGUGUUUUACAUGCAUGAGCUGUGAAAUGGUCAUAGGAGAUGGAGACACUUAUAUGCUAAUUGAACGCUCACGGCUUUACUGUGGCCACUGCUUUUGUCAGGGUGUUGUGCCAGCUGUGAGAUCAACAUCUCUUACACAGAGACCCCACAUGGUGGCGCUGGUGUUUCUUCCUCCCACUGCAGCUGGAUCUCGAGGCCUGACAAUUUCUGCUGACUUCAGCCAAGACAAAAAACUUCUAAUUACUGUUACAAAUUUAGACCCAGGAGUCCUCAGCCCUGAUCUGCUGUCUUCUGUCCAAGCUGGUGAUCAAGUUUUGGAGGUCAAUGGCAUCCCAGUCCACAACAUUUCCCCAGAUGAGAUAAACCGUGUAAUUCACGACACAAGCAGACCUCUCCAGCUCAUCAUUGAACAUAAUCCACAGUCACCUCAAUACCUUCAUCAACCAGGCAGCCCCCCAAAUAACAUCAGCUGUCCUGACCCUCGUGUCCACGACAAACUUACUUCUAUCCAUAACCUCCCAAGUCUGGAAGAAGAGCCAAGUACACCAGAGGAACAACAAGAACAACGAACGAGCCUCUCACCGCCUCGGCACCAAGGAAGCACCGGGUUACGAACCAAACAUAUUUCACGAAGUUACAGCAUAGAUAAAUGUCCUCUGUCUCCUGGAGCAUUGUCGUUUCUCUCUCAAAAGAGAGACAUGGUUCGCUCAGAGUCUCUUCGAGUCGACCCUGGGGAGCGGACACACCGUAUCUUCAGACCGUCGGACCUUAUCCAUGGAGAGGUUCUAGGCAAAGGUUGCUUCGGUCAAGCUGUGAAGGUAACACAUCAGGAGACAGGGGAGGUAAUGGUGAUGAAAGAGCUAAUACGAUUUGACGAAGAAACACAGAAAACAUUUUUAAAGGAAGUAAAGGUGAUGCGCUGCCUUGACCAUCCCAAUGUCCUCAAGUUUAUUGGAUUGUUUUACAAAGACAAGCGAAUAAAUUUUGUCUCUGAAUAUAUCCAAGGAGGAACUCUUCGAGAAACCAUUGCAAAAAUGGAGGAAGAUUUCCCCUGGAAUUUAAGAGUUGGAUAUGCUAAAGAUAUAGCCGCUGGAAUGGCAUAUCUGCACUCCAUGAACGUGAUCCACAGAGAUCUAAACUCUUACAACUGCCUGGUCAGAGAGAACCAGUCUGUGGUGGUGGCAGACUUUGGACUAGCCAGGCUGGUGAUGGAUGAACGGAGUCGGACCAAAACUUCAUCUCUGGAGCGGAGCGUGAAGGGGCCACUGUCAGAGCUGCGCAAACCUGACCGGAGAAAACGGUAUACUGUGGUUGGGAACCCCUACUGGAUGGCCCCUGAGAUGAUCCAUGGAAAAACCUAUGAUGAACGUGUGGACAUAUUUUCCUUUGGGAUUAUGACUUGUGAGAUAAUUGGAAGAGUGAGUGCUGAUCCGGACUACCUUCCCCGAACUAACGACUUUGGACUAAAUGUAGAAAGUUUCCUCCAGCAGUAUCACUCUCCACUGUGUCCAUCUGCUUUCCUGCCAUUGGCUGUUCUCUGCUGUGACAUCGAUGCUGAUAAACGACCCUCUUUUAUAAAGCUGGAGAAGUGGCUGGACAACCUGCUAAUGAACCUCGAAUUCAACCUGCAUUUGCUUUCCGAGUUGGAGGAACUCGGUCAAGCCUUCUGGAAGAUUCACAACCACCAAAACCAGAAUGAAACUCCUGAUUAUCAAGACAAUCUGAGCCCUGAGCUUUGUUCAGAGGAAGCAAAUGGCCACACAGAGCCUAAUCACUACCAAGGUCAAAGUAGCAAAACCGACAAAGACGCGAAUGGUGAGCAACAUGCACAUGGCCACAAUCUGAGGACUAAAUCACAACACACAAACCAGCUCUGCUGCGAGUCUAAAAGCUCAGACCCGGGGAAGAGCGAGUGUGAGUCUCAAGAGGACAGCAACGUUAAAGAACAAGAAAAACCGCAGCAUGAGCCGACACUGGUGGGCCGACCAAACAGGACUAGGAGAACUUGUAGAGUGCUGUGGGAAAGAUCUACGGAGGACAGCUCGUUUCUCUGAAUCGUUCUCAACAUAACUGUGUUCAGUGUUGGGGAAUAAACACAUUUUAUGAGGACAUUGGUA